AUGUCUUCCGAGAACGUCGACGCCCCGAAGGCGGCGGAGGGCGCUCCUGCCCAGAGUCUGCCUUCGCGGCCCGCGAAGCAGCCCAAGGAGAAGAAGGCGGGUGGAGGAAAGGCUUCACUUGAGCUGCCGGUUCUCCCCGAGUUCAUCCAGCACCGUAUCGAAAUCUACGACAAGAUCAAGGCCAAGCGAGACGCCGAGAUAGCUGCCAAGCCUCGUGAGGAAAUCACCAUUUCCCUGCCCAAUGGCAAGGAGGAGAAGGGAAUCGCUUGGGAGACCACUCCUGGCGCCAUUGCUCGAAAUAUCUCCAAGUCGCUGUUCGAGCGCACCGUCAUCUCUCGGGUCGAUGGCGAGCUUUGGGAUCUUACCCGACCUCUCGAGAAGAGCUGCACGCUGGAGUUUCUCGACUUCGAGAACGAGGAGGGCAAGAAGGUCUUCUGGCACUCUUCCGCUCACGUCCUCGGUGAAGCCUGUGAGAAGCGGUUUGGCUGCUACCUCUGCAACGGACCCCCUACCACCGACCCUCCCGGAUUCUACUACGAUAUGGCCAACAUGGAGGGCAAAGUCGUUCAGGAGGAGGACAAGAAGGCGCUGGAGUCGAUCGCCAGCUCCAUCAUCAAGGAGAAGCAGCCCUUUGAGCGUCUGGAGAUGACCAAGGAGGAGCUCCUCGAGAUGUUCAAAUACAGCAAAUACAAGGAGUACUUCAUCAACCAGCGUGUUCCUGACGGCACCACCAGCACCGUCUACCGAUGCGGCCCUCUCAUCGAUCUUUGCAGAGGUCCUCACGUCCCCCACACCGGAAACAUCAAGGCAUUUUCCGUCCAGAAGAACUCGGCCGCCUACUGGCUUGGAAACAGCUCCAACGAGUCUGUCCAGCGAAUCUCCGGUGUCUCAUUCCCCGACAAGAAGCAACUCGAGGAGUACAAGACCUUCCUUGAGGAAGCCGCCAAGCGUAACCACCGAAAGAUUGGUCUGGAACAGAAGCUGUUCUUCUUCGACGAGGUCUCCCCCGGCUCUACCUUCUUCUUGCCUCACGGCACCAGGAUUUACAACGCCAUGAUGGAGCUGAUCCGCAGCGAGUACAAGAAGAGGGCUUUCGACGAAGUCAUUAGCCCCAACGUUUACAAGUCCGAUCUGUGGAAGACAUCAGGCCACUGGGGACACUACUCCGAGAACAUGUUCACCUUUGAGGUUGAGAAGGAGACAUAUGGCCUGAAGCCGAUGAACUGCCCUGGCCACUGCAGAAUCUUUGCCCACUCAGAUGUCAACUAUAAGGAUCUGCCAUGGAGGAUGGCUGACUUUGGUGUCCUUCACCGAAACGAGUUCUCGGGUGCCCUCAGUGGUCUCACCCGUGUGCGUCGAUUCCAGCAGGACGACGCUCACAUUUUCUGCACAGUCGACCAGAUUCGUGACGAGAUUGAGGGUGCCUUUGACUUCCUGUACAGCGUCUACGGUCUGUUUGGCUUCGCCUUCAAGCUCAAGCUGUCGACCCGGCCCGAGAAGUUCAUCGGCGAGGUGGCCAUCUGGGAUAUGGCCGAGAACAAGCUCAAGGAGGCGCUGGACAACUUCACACAGAAGAUUGACUCCAAGUGGGAGGAGAAUCCCGGCGAUGGUGCCUUCUACGGCCCCAAGAUCGACAUCACCGUCUACGAUGCCCUGCGACGAGAGCACCAGUGCGGCACCAUCCAGCUCGACUUCAACCUGCCUCAACGGUUCAAGCUGCGUUACCUUGCCGCCAAGGACGAGAGCAGCGCCAACCGGGACGCAAGCGACCCCGAUUUGCCUGUGGGCUAUGCCCGACCGGUCAUGAUUCACCGAGCCGUGAUGGGCAGCUUCGAGCGAAUGUUUGGCAUUCUUACGGAGCACUUCGCCGGCAAGUGGCCGUUCUGGCUGAGCCCUCGCCAGAUCCUGGUGGUUCCGGUGAUGCCCGCCGUUAACGACUACGCCAAGGAGCUCCAGAAGAUGUUCCAGGCGAAGGGUCUCUACAUUGACGUUGAUCUGAGCAGCAACACAUUCCAGAAGAAGAUUCGGACUGGGCAGCUGGAGCAGUACAACUUCAUCUUCGUCGUCGGAGCCGAAGAGGCCAGCUCACGCACCGUCAACAUUCGAAACCGAGAUGACCAGAGCACACAGGCCAAGGGAGCGCUGAUUCCCGUGGACGAGGCGCUUGAGAAGCUGCUGGCCUUGAAAGAGGAGAGAAGACUGGUCAACAAAAUCUAA